GCUGCCACAUCAUACGCAACAAUCUCGGCUAAUCGGUUAAUAUGUUAAGUUUCUUACUCAAUUGAUACCACAAUUAUGUGCGUUCGGCGAAUGUUAACAUCGCUCUCACUGUUCUGUGCUCUCCAAUUAGAAAAUGUGUUUGGUUUAUAAGCUGUGAAACGUGAGUAUGUGGCCUGCGCUCAGCGAGUGUGCACGCACUGGUCUCGCAUUUUGUGUAAGCAGAAACUGUAUUGAAUUAAUGUACAAUAAUGAAAAUACAUUUUCGCGAGCAAUAUGGCACAAAAGGGGAGGAAAUACUAUAUGUGACGCCAGCAGAUCAAAGUAAUAUUGUGCGUGUACCGCUACGUGGCGAUAAGCUGGUCAUUCAAGAGAAGUUUUUGUUAUUUCGUGUGCUGCAGAAUAUCUUUCUGCCUAAAGGCUACCCGGACUCUGUAUCCGAUGAUUAUGCAGCGUAUCAAAUCUGGGAUACAGUGCAAGCAUUCUGCAGCACCAUUUGCGGAACACUCUGUACACAUGCCAUUCUCAAAGGAAUCGGAGUGGGCAGUGAGAAUGUGAAUGCCUAUUCGGCGACAGUGACAUGGAUAUUAAAGGAAGGCAGUGGUCAUGUGGGACGCAUUAUAUUUGCCUGGUGGCAAGGCAGUCAACUGGAUGUGGACUCUAAAAAAUGGCGAUUGCGGGCUGAUUUCCUUAACGAUCUAGCAAUGGGCAUUGAGAUCUAUGUGCUUCCCAAAUAUCCGCAUUUCAGCACGCAAAUACUUUGCGGAUCCACCUUGCUAAAGGCUAUUGUGGGCGUGGCUGGUGGUGCGACACGUGCAGCAUUAACGCAACAUCAUGCGGUACGUGGAAAUUUGGCGGACGUUGCAUCCAAGGAUAGUUCACAGGAGACUUGCGUCAAUCUGAUUGCGUCCUUUGUAGGCCUCUAUAUGCUGACCAUGAUUAAGAGCCAAGCGAUGCUUUAUACAAUUUUCUAUAUUGUUGUUACGUUGCAUCUGUACGCAAAUUUAAAAGCUGUGCGAGCUGUUUGCUUACGCACCUUCAACGAAUCUCGUUACCUAAUUACACUAGAGGAGUUCUUUAGGUCGUCCCAGAUGCUGACGCCACAGCAAGUCAAUAAAUUAGAGCGCGUUACUCUUGGCCAAAUGGUCUCCGUAUCACUAAAAAUUCGCCUUGGCUUGAGCGUUAAGCAUCUUAUAGAUGAAUACAAGAGCAGCAAUGUCAUCGAGGAUAUUGUGUCUUCGUUCGAUCCACAUGAACAUUUCAUUAUCGCGGAGAGCAAGAAGCACUUGGGUGUCUAUUUGCACUUUGAUACACGACCACAGGAUGUCUUGAAAGCAUAUUUCUUUGGUGUAUCCUAUCUGCAGGAUCGGAAACAUAUUAAGGAAAAAUAUUGGGAUAUACAAGGCAAAUGGCAAGAGUUUUUAAGUCUAGCGCAGAAGGAGGGUUGGAUAAUUAAUCAGCAUUUACUGUUGGUUGAUGAAUAUCGUUUGGACUGGAAGGCUUAGAGGAGGAACUAAGUUUAUUAACUGGACCAAAGACGAUGAAAUGCUAAGAUCGCUUGCUAUAAAUUAUGUUGAAUAGUUAUUAUUUUGUAAGCUUAGUGCAUUUUAACAACAUACACUCUCACACACAUUCUCACAUAUCUCACAUGGUUAAUAACCAUAAGGCAAACGUUGAUAUUAACAAAAAUUAUUGCUUUUAUACAUAUUUACAUAAUCUAGAUUUUAUAUACAAGACAACACUCAUGCGCAUCUAUCUCAACUAUACUUAAAAACUGAAAAGUAAAGAAUCAUUUGAAUAUAACGUGAACAUCUUCCAACUAAUGUAACUCUGCCUUAGCACAAAGUAACGUUUGUAAACGAUAUUCAAUAUAAUAUUCAAAGAGUUCCCAAGUGGACUUUCUCUAUUUGUAUCUAGGCCAUCUAAAAAAGAGACCCAAGCAUUUUAAAAUCAAACGAUGUGCUCGUAUAUUUAAUGAAUACAAUAUCUAUUUUUUAAUAACUUACCACUUGUAUAUUUCGAGGAGGUACUUUUUACCAAAAAGGAAAGCAAAAAAAGAAAAGAUGAAAAAAAAAACUGCGCAACGAACG